ACCCCCGCAUUCGCUCGCCGACAGUGCCGAGUGCUACAGACUCUCUUGAGUACACAUAGAACCGUCGUUUUUUAACUCACAAACGAGAGACGCGUCAGCGUCCAACAUUAUUUUCUGUCUGUGUGUGCUCGCUUUUGGAAUAUCACUGUUUUUUUUCAAAAUAAAAAAAAAAGAAAUAAUAUUAUCACAGUUUUUUGGUGUUUUUUUUUAUUACAAAAUUAAUUUCUAGUGUAUAACAAAAACAACAACAAGAAUUUUCUUUUUGAAAAUUUGAAAUCGAAAAACGGAAGGAAAAUUAUUGUGCACGAAGUGUGUGUGUGCUGUGGACCCAGUGGGUCCCGUUCGACUAAGAUCGGACCCAACAUCUCAUACAUACCAGAUAAAUAAAGAUGACGUGGUAGCCAUUUUCCAGUGGAACUGAAAACCGCAGAACUCGGAACCAGUUCACAAUGGUUGGAGUUCGAAACUACAUUUUAAUAGGAAAUUUUAUUUUCCUUAUCGCUAUUUUUAGUUCAGGUUUCGGAGAGCCGCAAUAUGGACAACCAAAGCCACCGAUAAGAGGCAUUAAACCAAAGAGAAUUCAUCCCUGCGAGCAGAGUUCGUGUUAUCCUGCGACAGGUAAUUUAUUAAUUGGAAGGACAGAUCGAUUAAAGACAUCGUCGACGUGUGGUUUAAAUGGACCAGAAAGAUAUUGUAUUGUUUCACAUUUGAAGGAUAGGAAAAAGUGCUUUUUCUGUGAUGCGUCCUCGCAAAAAAAACAACACAGUAUUGAAAAUAUCGUCAGUGGAGUUCCACACAGAACGUGGUGGCAAGCAGAAAAUGGAUUGGAAAAUGUGACACUAACUUUUGAUUUGGAAGCGGAAUUUCAUUUUACGCAUAUAAUUAUUCGCUUCCAAACAUUUAGACCAGCUGCAAUGUUAAUUGAAAGAUCUUACGAUUUUGGUAAAACGUGGCAAGUCUAUCGUUAUUUUGCCCAUAAUUGCGAGCAAUUUUUCCCCGGCAUUCCAACUCAUGCACCACAAAAAUUAACGGACGUUAUUUGCGAAACGAGAUAUUCACACGUUGCACCAUCGCAAAAUGGAGAUCUUAUUUUUAGAGUCCUACCAUCGAAUCUACUGAUCAGCAAUCCAUAUUCAAAGGAAGUGCAAAAUCUCCUCAAGAUAACGAAUUUACGAAUAAACUUCACCAAAUUACACACACUUGGCGAUGAUCUUUUGGAUAGUCGAGCGGAAAUUCGCGAAAAAUAUUACUAUGCAAUUAAUGAUAUGGUAAUUAGGGGUUCAUGCUCAUGCUAUGGUCACGCUUCACGUUGUCUACCGCUUCCCGGUGUUAUCAAUGAGGAGAACAUGGUCCAUGGCAGAUGCGAAUGCACACACAAUACAAAGGGACUCAAUUGCGAAUUGUGCGAAGAUUUUUACAACGAUUUACCAUGGAAGCCGGCAGUUGGAAAGCAAACGAAUGCAUGUCGUGAAUGUAAUUGCAAUAAUCACACGACGUCGUGCCAUUUUGAUCAGGCAGUUUAUGAGCGAUCGGGAAAAUUAUCAGGUGGUGUUUGCGACAAUUGUCAGCACAAUACGAGAGGACAAAAUUGCGAGCAGUGCGCACUUUAUUACUAUCAUGACGAGAGUAAACAUAUUUCGGAUGCUGAAGCUUGUCAACCCUGCGAAUGCGAUCCACGUGGAUCAUUGGACGAGGGUAUUUGCGACUCAAGAACGGAUCUUCUUAGUGGUGAAGAGUCAGGAAGAUGCCACUGCAAAGUAAACGUUCAAGGACGCCAUUGUAACGAAUGUAAAAAUGGCUUCUGGAACUUUGACGAAAACAAUCCCGAGGGUUGUCAAGCGUGUACGUGUCACAUUCUUGGAACCGUGAACAAUGAGGGUUGUGAUGCCCUGACUGGCGAGUGCACCUGUAAGCGUCACGUGACCGGACGUGACUGUAAUCAAUGUUUACCGGAAUACUAUGGUCUCUCAGACGAUGCAGAUGGUUGUAAAGCAUGCGAUUGUGAUCCCGGUGGUUCACUGGAGAAUUCCUGUGAUGUUGUCACUGGUCAAUGUCGUUGUCGAUCCCAUGUUACUGGACGAACGUGUAAUCAACCCGAGCAGAGUUAUUAUACAGGAUAUCUCGAUUUAUUGACAUAUGAAGGAGAAUUGGCAAGAGGAACUGACAAUUGCCAAGUGGUCAUCAGAGAACCGUAUAGAGAUGGAAGAAACAACACCUGGACGGGAAUUGGCUUUAUGAAAGCCCUCGAGGGAUCGACGUUAAACUUUACUGUUGACGAUAUCUACAGAUCGAUGUGGUAUGACAUUAUUGUUCGUUAUGAGCCGGUGCAAUCGGGAACAUGGGAAGAUGUGCAGAUUGUGAUUGAACGCAAUGAGCCUGUCGAUCCUAAUGGUCCAUGCGCCGACUGGACACCGGACGAUGACAAUUUGUGGACCCAAUUACCAGCGAACGCCAGGAGUGCAAUUGCAAUUCCUUCAGUUUGUUUGGAAGCCGGAAAACAGUACUCGAUUCUGUUGACUUUAAGAAAAUUCAAUGGUCCUGCCGAUACACCAUCGGCUUCGAUUCUCGUUGAUUCGAUUGUGCUGAGACCGAAGAUCGAUCUGAUUCCGUUCUUCACUGAACCAGGUUUGGGAGAAUUGCGACGUCAUGAGUACGAUGGUUACAGAUGUAACGAUUACUUUAGUAAUGUUGGUUAUAAUCACGAUUCACCGGAAAAAUGUAACAAGUACUACAACAGCAUCGGUUACUAUGUUUAUGAUGGUGCACACUUGUGCGAAUGUAAUCCAACUGGAUCACACAGUGCAUUUUGUGACAGUUACGGUGGCAAUUGUCACUGCAAGCAAAACGUAGUAGGACGACGUUGCGAUCGUUGUGCACCAGGAACCUAUGGAUUUGGACCACAAGGAUGCAUUACAUGCGAUUGCGAUGGUGUAGGAGCUUUGGACAAUUUCUGCGAUGUUGAAACUGGACGUUGCAAGUGUCGUCCGAAUACUUAUUCACGAACUUGUGGACAAUGUGAACCUGGAUUUUGGAAUUUCCCCCAUUGCCAGAGAUGUGAAUGUAAUGGACACGCCGAUAGUUGUGAUUCACAGACGGGAGCUUGUCUGAAUUGCAGAGACUCGACAGCUGGUCACAAUUGCGAUCGGUGCGUUGCUACAUUCUAUGGAGAUCCAAGAAUUGGAGUCGAUAUCCCUUGUCGGGCUUGUCCUUGUCCAGGAACACAAGACUCCGGUCACUCGUAUGCAGACAGUUGCUCUCUGGAUCCAGUGACUCAUGACGUCAUUUGCGAAUGUCGUGAAGGCUACUCGGGACCAAGGUGUGACAGUUGUGCUGAGAAUUACUUCGGAAAUCCGGAAAUAGCGGGUGGAAGUUGUUCAUCCUGUGAUUGUAGUAACAACACCGAUUUGUACCGUCCAGGAAAUUGUGACCCUCACACUGGACGUUGUCUACAGUGUCUAUAUCACACUUCCGGGCCAAAUUGUCAAAUUUGCCAGCCAGAUUAUUUUGGUAAUGCUCUAUUGAAGGAUUGUCAGCAGUGUAAAUGUGAUGUUCUUGGUACUGAUCGAUCAGCUGGUUCUUGCGAUCAUCGAACUGGUCAGUGUCCCUGUCUGCCUCACGUGGUCGGUCAACUGUGUGACUCUUGCGAAGAGAAUCAUUGGCGAAUAGCCAGUGGUCAAGGUUGUGAUCCUUGCGAGUGUGACGCCAUUGGAAGUGUAUCCGAUAGGUGCAAUCCCUUCGAUGGAACCUGCGAGUGUCGUCCUGGGUUUGGUGGCAGGAGAUGUAACGAGUGUCAAGCGAAUCACUGGGGUAAUCCGAAUGUGGAAUGUUAUCCCUGCGAGUGCGAUCAGAUAGGAUCAGCCAGCCAGCAAUGUAACCGCGAAACUGGUGCCUGUGUCUGUCAUAAAGGAAUCGGAGGUCACAAAUGUGAUCAAUGCGAUCGUAGUUACAUUGGUUUUGCACCAAACUGCAGUCCUUGUGGCGAGUGCUUCGACAAUUGGGACAUGAUUCUCGAGGGCUUGAAGAACAAGACAAAUUACGUCAUUGACGAAGCGUCAAGAAUCCAAAAAGUCGGAACCACUGGAGUCUAUAGUCAGGAAUUUGACGAUAUGAUGUCUUCCAUCGAGCAAGUGAAAACCCUCAUUGGAAAUGCAUCGGUCAGAAGUCAAGAUCUAGAUGAACUGAACAAACUUGCAGAUGAUUUGAGUAAAAAUAUCGCCGAUUCGUCAAUGACUCUAGAAAAGGCUGAUGAUCUCCUCAACAAUGUCAAGCAACGUGUCAAUCUAAACGACGUUGCUCUGAAGAACUUGAAGAAUCGAACGCACAAUCUUCACGAGAAAGCCGUGAAUCUGAAGGAGAAUGCAACAUCAUUACAGGAGGCGAACGUUCAGGGUGCUUUGAAUGUCACUCGAAUGAUGUCCGAGCAAUCUAGACAAGCUGAAAAAAUGGCGAACGACACAACCAGUAUUCUUGACGAUGCCGAGCGGUACAAGAAACACACAGAAUCAUUGAUUGCCAAAAAUAGCGACGCCGUUGCUGAAGCACACGAGAGGAAUAAGGAAGCUCUCCAAAAAUUGGACGAAAAAAUCAAGUCCUUUAAUCGAAUGAUGCCCGAUUUGAAUCUGAAUAUGUGUGGACAAAAUGUAACCGAAUGCAGUAGUGUUUGCGGAGGUGCUGGUUGUGGAUCUUGUGGUGGUCUCUCUUGUGAUGCUGGGGCUGUCACCAAAGCUAAUCAAGCACUCGACGUUGCUAAGAAGCAGUCCGCUAGGAUCAAGAAUCACAGAGAUGAAGCUGAACAAUUACUUCGAAGUAUGAUCGAAGUCAAGAAUGACGCAACCUCUGCAAGAGGAAAUGCCCAAGACGCCUUUAAUUUCGCCUCAGACGCUCUUCAACGUUCCGAUAGUCUAAUGAAGAACAUAACCGAUCUAUCAGAAAAAAUUGCCAGUCUACUCGAUCAAACCGAGAACAAUGACCAUCCAACACCAGCUCAAGUACGAACACUCGCUAACCAAGUGCUCGAUAAGAAUAUCCCCCUGAAACCCGAGGAAAUCACUGAACUCGCCGACAAAAUCAAAAACAUCGUCAGUUCCCUAACAAAUCCGGACAAAAUUCUCGAAGACACACGUUACGAUUUAGAUCGUGCCAAGACACUCGAAAGUCAUGCCAAUCAGGCAAAGAACGCCGCACUUGAGAAACAAAAUCUCGCCAGUAAUGUUGGCGAUCUACUCAAUGAAGCAAAGGAAGCGCAAGAUCUCGCCGAAUCGGCAAUUACAAAAGCCAACGAAGACAUAACACUGUCGGAGAAGGAUUUAACGGAAAUUAUCGACGUGACAAGGGACGCGAAACAAAAGGCUGACAACACUUCAAGAUCAGUCGAUAGUCUAGAGGAGAGAUUGAAAAAAUUACAGACCCACGUUGGUAAGAAUGAAUUUAUCGUGAAACAGGAAAUAUCACACGAGGGAACGCUAGUCGCUGAGGAGGCGAAAAAAGUGGAAUACAAAACCAAUCUACUGGGUAAGGAGUAUAAGGAGGCGAGUGAUUUGCUGAACGAUAGAGUUGAUAAGAGUAAGGAAAAUAUUCAAAGGGCAAAGAGACUUUUGCAGCAAGCUUCCGAACUCACUGCCGAUACAUCGGCGAAAUUCAAAGAUCUCGAUGGAAUGGAGAGUGUCUACAAGGAUAAUGAGAGAAUUUUAAGUGGUCUUAUGGCUGAUGUUGAUGCACUCACUGAUGAGAUGACACGUCAACUUGAAGGAAUCGAAUUGAAAUCACAAGAUUAUCGACAAUGUUCAACUUAGAAUCAAAAGUCUUUUAGAUUUAUUGUUGCAAAUUCAGUUUUUUUCAAUCAAUCGCAUGAAUUACCUGGAACUGCUUUCGAAGGAAGGGAAACAAAAAAUUUAUGCAACUUAGCCGUAUUAUGGUCACUUUAUCUACCUGUACAGGCGCAUAAUAACUUCCCUUUUAUAACACAGCGGUUAAUAAAGUGCUUAUUAUUACCCUAGGGCAAUUAAUUGUACUUAAUUGACCGCUCGCAGGUCAAUAAAGUACAAAUUAUUAUCUUAGGGCAAUAAGGUACCCAUUAUUGCCCUAGGGCAAUAAAGUUCUCAUUAUUACCCUUGGACAAUAAUUACGACUUUUUUGACUAGCUGAGUUGUAUGGGGCAACUUUGCAUACAUAAUACGCCUUAGUUGCAUAAUGUACAAUUUUAUUAAAUAAUUAAUUAAAUACAAGAAAACUUUUAUGAAAAUUUUUUUUUUAAGAAUCUCGCAGGAGUUAUAUUAGUUUUGGCUCCCAGGCGAUUUUUCUGUGACUUUACGUGACUCCUAACAUUCUAAACAAGAAGUUAAAAAUUCCAAAAAUUAUAGAAAAAUCGACUGUAAGACAAAAUUAAUAUAAAUUCUGCGAGGUCCUUCAAAAAGGUAAAAAAUAAAAAAGAUAAAAUUUAAAAUUAAUAAUAAACCAAAAUAGGUAAAAAAUUUUAUAUUUCUCAAGAAAAAAGUAGAAAAGAAAAACAAGAAAAUGCUUGUAAUUAUUCCAGUUCCAGGUAAAUCACUUUUUGAAUACUCCUUUCCAAGUAUUUUUGAUUAAUAUAUUUUAUAUAUUUUUUAUAUUGAUAAAUAAUUGCUAAAUAAAAUUUAGAAAAAGAAUUUAGACAUUUUUUACAUCU